GGCCAAAAAAAAAUAAUCAUACUGUCCAUAAAUUUCGCACAUGUUAUCUACAACAAUAUUAGCAUCUUUCUUUAUGAUUUAUCAUUGAUAGUCUCUUAAAUAUACCCUUUAAACAUCUUUUGCAUUUGAUACAAUCACAACAUUUACUAAUACGCUAAUGACAGACUCAGCGGUACCAUCACCUUCAAAGCCAGCACAUCAUCGAAUAUCCAAACGGAUAGAAUUAGACAUUGUUCCUGGAAAGAGCUUGGGUCCUUUUUGCUUAGGAUCAUCGCUAUGGGAUGUGAUUCAUUUCCUAUCCGAACGAUCUCAACUUUUUCCUACUGUCGAGCUACAAUAUAGUCAGGAGGAGCCUUUGAAAUUCGACUUUAUAAUUACACUUCCUGUCAAUGGGCUGCAUUUACGAUUUGAUGGCUCAUUGCAGCGAUUACGAUCGAUUGAAUGCUACGACCCUAACAAAGUAAAGCUAGUGUAUCAACACAGCGAAGUAAGUUCAAGUAGGACAAUACCGACUUUUUUGUUGAUCUAUAAAUCUUUUGGACCAACCUAUCCAGGCGAAUACGAAGCAAAACAAAGCAUAUACACUCUCAAAUAUCCAGGUCUUGCUUUUACCUUUCCUAUACCCUUAAGACACCAGCAUCUUUAUAAAGCAGCUAACGAUACCAGCAAUAAAACAACAACCGCUGAUUUACCUUUGGAAUUACCUGAUGGAACGACACCAAUUGCUUCUAAAGUAAUUGUAUAUAGUAGUCAGUGUUAUACAUGGCAACAAUCGGUUAUUCCUGCUUCUCAUUUAUCGAAAAUUAUCGCGGAAUCAAACGUAAUGUCUACAUCAGCCACACUGAGAAGCUUCAUUAAGAAUUAUGGAAAAGUCGGCAGAAGAGAAGUUGAGAAGGUAAUUGUCAAGCCUACAGUGGGUAUUACACUGGUAUUUCCAACCGUGGGUCAUUCUUCAACGGAUAGCGGAGUAGGAGUCGAACAUACUGAGUCACCAACAUCAAUAUUACUAUCAUCGUUAGCGGCAGCAACGUUAUCUCCAACAACACAACAACAUUCUCGUCAAACAAGUGGAACCAGUACUACUCAAACUAUUAACAGCAUCAGUAGCAAUAAUCAUAUCCUACAGCAAUUUGUUCAUGUUGAUUUAAACCAAACCAGUGUACAAGAUAUUCUAGUCGAUCUAGGUAAACCUAGUAAAAUUUUCUACAAGGAAGAGGACAAAAUGAAGAUACAUUCUGUGAAAAAUAUGAACGAUACUAUGAAUACUUCUACUGCAGAUAAAGCAACUGCAAACAACAGAAACAGUAACGGCAGUAAAAAUGAUACAAUCAUGGAUGAUAAUAAUAUCAACCAAUUGGAGAAUAGUAGCAGCAACAAUGGCAACAACAAUGAUGUCAACAACACUAGCAGUAGCAGCAAUAGUAUUAGUGAUGACAAUCAAUCAUAUCACACCGAUUACUUUCUCAAUUAUUUCCAUUUCGGAAUCGAUAUAUUGAUUGAUGGAGGGUCGCAUGUCUGUAAAAAAAUCGUUUUGCACGGAAAUAUACCGGGACAUUAUGAUUUCCAAAGAUAUAAAAGAUGUCCUUUUCAAUUAACGUUUCCUAAAAGUAUAAUUAAGCAGUUUAUAAAGAAAGAAGACCGAAAUACAAAAAAGAACCAAUUGGUGGACAUACUAGACGAUGAAGAUAAUGACUAUUUACAAUACGUUAUCACUGCUGAUAUGAAGGUCACUGAUAUGAAAAAACGUAUUCCUUGGGACCCAGUAUUUGCUCCGACAUUGACGACGGCUGAUACGUCUAACAGCAAUAAGGAAGCAGCAGAAUCAACAACAAUUAUAGAGCAGAGACCAGUCAUUCUGACUCGUGGUUCAAGUGAACAAAAUCCAUUUGGAUCGACACAUUUAACCGGUUAUGAUGAGGGCAUUAUACUGGAAGUAAUGAAGAAUGGGUAUAUUCCAACCGUUGUAUUGUUCUAGUGGUUGCUGUUAUUGGAUAGUGCUAGUUCUUUCAUUUUUUUCCAUAUAAAAGGUUCUAGCUUUGCAUCCGUUGGGUUAUGUUCAAUGUCUAAAUUCAGCCAUAUUCUUUUAUAAGCUUCAAAUAUUGAAUUCUUGCUAUUAGUAACGUUAUUUGUUGUAGUAUCAGUUGGAGCAAAUGCUGUGGGCUGAGAAAAUGAAUGGAAUAAUUGUUUAUCUAAUGAAGAAGUUGAAGAUGGGGAUGGCUUGAAUGCUUUUUUUUCGGGCUCUUCAAGUGAUUCAGUUAACUCAUUAUCAUUUAGUAUUUGUGAACGUCUUCUUUUUUUGGUCAGCAGUAAGGGCUCUGUUGGUAUUGAUUGCGCAUAAGUGGUUUUGUAUAAAUUAUUAUCUUCAACAUUCUUAAUAGCACUAGUUUCUAUGGUACCAUAAACGAAAUUAUUCAUUACAAUAGAAAAAAAAAAAGAGCUGCUUUUCGGUAUCUAACGUGUAAGGAA